GCGUCUCCGCUCCUCAUGCCCAUCGCGUCGACUGAUGGGAAGAUCCUCACUCAACGCGUCGCGAGCCGAUACAAGGUUGGCCCGCUCUAUAUCUUCAUCGCGCUCCUGCUCUUAUACGGCCUCAUGUCCCUCGUCCUUGGCAUGUAUGCCGCCAUCGCCUCCUCGCGAGAGAUGAUAUUCUAUGGCCCAGGCGGGGCGAGAACACACGGGCAGACCUACACCGAGGCCGAACAUGUGCAGCUACGACUGAAGGACCCGCUUGUGGCCGUUGCUGAACGGUUUGCUGACCCGGCGCGGCAGGGUCUCAUGCUCGAGAGGUCUGCACUGCAGAUGUUCAGAGAGCAUCCGAACUCGGCGCGCCUCGGUGUCUUCGCAGAGGAGACGGCAAUGGAGGCUUCUGGAGCGCCGCUCGGGCUAUUCAGGCGCAGGGCAGAGGUUGAGAGGAUAGUUUUGUAAGAUCUUAUGAUGCGGAGACUAUGAGUUCGGCCUGUGCUAUCUCUGUGUGUGUGGAUGCAGUUAUCUUGGUAUGAGUCCGGCGGCAAUGUAACUUACCCAGACUUGAGCGUUUGAGAUCACGUAAAAAAGCAGCGAACUAGAGUUUCCGCUAG